AUGGGGAAGACCAAGAAUGCAAAGGCCCUGACGCACGAGGAGGUUUGGGAUGACUCGGCCCUGGUACGGUCGUGGGAUGAGGCUGUCGAGGAGUACCAGCAGCUAUAUCACAGCAUCCACGCCAAGGGGGAGAAUGUGGAAGAUGUGUUGAGAGAGGCAGAAAGGGCAGAGGCUAGUGCUGUGGAUGAGGGAGGUGUCGCUGAGGAUACGCCGAUGGAAGUGGGCAGCGAUGAACCUACUCCUGACGUCCCGCAGUCCGCGCAAAAGUCUGGUGUGAUCCCUGCAGAUGAGGGAGUACCAGCUGCAGUGGCCGCACCCGCAAGCGGUAUGCCAAUGCCUCAUCCAGCGUUGGCGCAAGUUCAAGAUGAAGGACUGAAGAAUCUCAUGAUGGCGUGGUACUUUGCGGGCUACUACACAGGCCUCCAUGAAGGCCAACAACAAGGCAAACAACAGCCCAAUAGUUCUUAA